CGUGACUUGACGAGAUGCAGUGAUCCUACCACUACCAGCCUCAACCACUCUCCUUCGUUGCUUCGUUGCGUCGCCCUGGCCGUGACAUGGGGGAUGCAACAUUGCCUUCUUCCACAUGCCUCUUCAGGCACCGGCAAUGCAGGCCUCAAAGUCACAAUAUGGAUCGCCUCCAGGAUCGCCACUUGUUGCGUCCAGGUUGUGCAUCACAAGGCCUCCACACCUGCUACUCGACACGGCCACCGCCUGGUAUGGCAUACCGGAGCAUGGACCACGUUCAUGCCUUUGCUCCUUCCUCAUCCAUGAGCUCCCCUCCAGCUCCGCCAGCUCCUCGUCUCCUCAGCUCCCCAGCUUGCCCACCCGCCAACGCCAACGCCAACACCACUAUUACCACCAGGGUUCCUUCGGAGCUAUGUGCCUGCCUGCGCAAGAGAAUGGAACAAGGGAACAGAAAGAGACUCUGAAUGACAUCUACAUGGACAUGGCCCAUACCAUCUAGAGCCCGGACGCUCAGUAUUCAAAUACCCGCGAGCUUCUUCGACUGUCCACUCGUUAUUCACUCUUUCUUUCUGUCACCCGCACCUUGUGUCCUCUCCUGCGGUGUGCUCCUUGCCUAAGCCAUUCCAUCUAUUCGCUGUAUCAGCCUACUGCCGGCUGUGAGGCCGCUGGCUAUCGUUUCGUAUCGUCUACUUGGCUGAGCCCCAACAAGAAUACCUACGAACUUCCUACUGGUUGACGUCAACACGAGGUUCCGAGAAUCAGCCUAAUAAGCCCCCAGUGCCCUUGCAAGAUGUGGCUUACGGACACGGUUGUGGCGGCUUUGGCGGCUUUGCCUUAUCUGCCCCAGAUCCAGGCCAGCGUAAGUGCAAGGUCCAUUCCGCGCCUUUGUGCACCCCCCGAAUAAGCCCAGCGAUCCGCGAACAAAUGGAUUCUAUUUCCCUGCCAAAUUGUCAGAUUUUAAGGGCCCUGGAUCUCAGGGUCUGUCAAACGAAAACCCCAAACCCCAAAUUAUGCCCAGAAUGCUUCAACUCAUUUCUGCUCUCCUUUUUGUCAAUGCUUCUGUACAACUGUCCGACUACUCACAAGCUGUCUUGAAGCCUGUCGAGGCUGCAGAUACCAUCCUCAAACGACAAGCUGCCCAGCCAUUUAACAAUGACUACACCGGUCCCAUUUGGACGUCGCCCCCAAAGUAUCCGUCUCCAUGGGGUGCUGGUGCAGGAGAUUGGGCUGCAGCCUACGAAAAAGCCCGUGCUUUUGUCAGUGGCUUGACUUUGAUGGAGAAGGUCAACCUUACGACCGGUGUUGGCUGGGAAUCUGAUCGAUGUGUGGGAAAUACUGGCUCUAUCCCACGUAUUGGCUUCGAGGCCCUUUGUAUGCAGGAUGGCCCACUGGGUAUUCGUUUCGCUGAUUAUGUCUCUGCUUUUCCCGCUGGUUUGAAUGUGGCUGCGACAUGGAGCCGUGAUCUUGCGAAAGCUCGAGGAGAAGCCAUGGGAGCCGAGAACAGAGGCAAAGGCGUUGAUGUGCAACUUGGCCCCGUCUGUGGACCCCUCGGCCGCAAUCCUGAAGGCGGUCGAAACUGGGAAGGUUUCAGUCCCGAUCCAUAUCUGACCGGCGCUCUGAUCGGUCCCACGAUCCAAGGUAUCCAAAGCCAAGGGGUCAUGGCGUGUACGAAGCAUUUCAUCGGAAAUGAACAGGAACACUUCCGCCAGGUUGGGGAAUCCAUUGGCUACGGGUACAACAUUACUGCCACCCUCAGCUCAAACAUUGACGACAAGACCAUUCAUGAACUCUACCUUUGGCCUUUUGCCGAUGCGGUUCGGGCUGGUACAGCUUCAGUCAUGUGCUCUUAUCAGCAGGUGAACAACUCUUAUGCCUGUGCCAACUCUUACACCAUGAAUCACCUUCUCAAGGGUGAGCUCGGAUUCCAGGGCUUCGUCAUGUCAGACUGGCAAGCUCAACAUUCCGGAGUUGGUACAGCCUUGGCUGGGCUCGACAUGACCAUGCCUGGUGACACCCUCUUCAACACCGGGUAUACCUAUUGGGGCACUAAUCUGACCAUUGCUGUGAUCAACGGUACUAUUCCCGAAUGGCGACUGGACGAUAUGGCCACAAGAAUCAUGGCAGGUUACUACUAUGUCGGCCGUGACUCUGCUAGGGUUCCGACCAACUUCUAUGCGUGGGGCCAGGACACUUACGGACACGCUUCUGCCGCUGAUCUCAAUUCCCCUCUUGUCAUCGUCAACGAACACCUGAAUGUCCAAGACGAACAUCGCAAUAUCAUCAGACAGAUUGGCCAGGCCUCGAAUGUCCUUCUGAAGAACAACGGUGGCCUUCCACUGACGGGCCAGGAGAAACAAGUUGCCGUGAUCGGUUACGACGCGUGUGGCAACCCAUGGGGCCCCAAUGGUUGUCCAAACCGUCAAUGCAACAAUGGAACCUUGGCCAUGGCUUACGGUAGCGGCACCUGCGAAUUUCCGUAUCUGGUGACACCAGAACAAGCCAUCCAGCAGUAUGUUCUGACAAAUACUGAUUCCGAGGUCUUUACCAUCUGCGACAACUACGCCGACUCUCAGAUCCAGAGCCUUGCCACUCAAGCGGAUGUGGCCAUUGUUUUUGCAAACGCCGACUCCGGCGAAGGAUUCAUCACCAUCGACGGCAACACUGGUGAUCGCAAUAAUUUGUCCCUUUGGGAAGGAGCGGAUCGCCUGAUUAACAAUGUGACCAAGUAUAACAAUAAUACUAUCGUGGUCAUGCACACCGUGGGCGCUGUCAAUGUUUCCGCAUGGUACGAUAACGAAAACGUCACUGCCAUCCUAUGGGCUGGUCUGCCCGGCCAAGAGAGCGGCAAUGCUCUCGUCGAUGUCCUCUACGGCCUCGUCAAUCCUGGUGGAAAACUGCCCUUCAGCAUUGCGCGGAAUCGGGACGACUAUGGCACAGAUGUCCUCUACGAACCCAACAACGGACAGUUUGAUGCUCCUCAGGUCCUCUUCUCCGAGGGUGUGUUCAUCGAUUAUCGACGCCUCGACGCGGCUGGGAUCGAGCCAAUAUAUGAAUUUGGAUUUGGCCUCAGUUAUACUACCUUUGAAUAUUCGAACCUGGUGAUCACUCCUGGAAACCCAGCACCAUAUGCUCCCGCCAGUGGAUUGACAGGGCCUGCCCCAGUCUUGGGUAACGCAUCCACGGAUCCAUCACUGUACCUCUUCCCCAAUGCCAGCAUCCCUUAUCGCUACUACGAGUUCAUCUACCCAUACCUUAACACUACCGACCUUGAGGCUGCGUCCGACGAUCCCGAUUAUGGCCUGCCCACGGAUCAGUAUGUCCCUGCUGGCGCCACCGAUGGCUCGCCGCAACCUAUUCAGCCUGCCGGAGGUGGUCCUGGCGGAAAUCCUCUCCUCUACGAGGUUGUCGCGACGGUGACCGCAACAAUUACCAACACAGGGGAUGUCGUUGGUGAUGAGGUCGCGCAACUGUAUGUUUUCCUUGGGGAGGGUGAACCACCGAAAGUUCUUCGUGGAUUCGACCGCCUGACAAUUGCACCGGGUGAGUCAGCGACGUUUACCGCCGAGCUCACUCGCCGUGACGUGUGUGUCUGGGAUACGACGGUUCAGAACUGGGUGGAGGUGAGCAACCCAACCAUUUACGUGGGUGCUUCGAGCAGAAAUCUGCCGCUAUCAGGCACCCUACCCAACGGCGCUUCCCCCGGUGGUCCAUCGCCAUCGCCGCCUGCUGGUCCCAGUGGAUACAGUUCACCUCCAGCCGGCCCGUCAUCCAGCUAUGGUGCCCCUACAUAUUCGUGGAGCUCGGGUUAUGGACAUCCCACUGGGCCGCCGGUAUCUCAAAUCUCCGACGGACAACCCCAAGUUAUCAGUCAGAUUUCGGACGGGCAGCCCCAGUGGGGAGCUCCUGUGACGCAGAUCUCGGAUGGUCAACCUCAGGCUACGACGGCAUGAUUUGAUGAUGAAGUAUGGGGUGAACAUGGUAUGCAUAAAAUAGUGUAUGGUUUUGGUCAGCAAAUGCCGAUAAAACUUGAUAUGGGCUUUGAAAUUGAUAGCCUUAGCAUGAACAUUUUCGGACAGAGGGGUUUGCUGCAGAGGGGCUGGGAUGCACUCAGCCGAGCAUGCGUGAGAGGUAGAGCACUAAUGGAGAUAAAAGCAACAGUUGCAAAUAGACGAACUUAACAAAACGAUGAAGAC